CUCUCUCUCUCUCUCUCUCGUUUUCACACUCUUUUCUCCAUUCAGUUUCUCUUAGUUUUAUAUCUUUCCUUCAAUUUUUCUGAACAAUUUCUUAGAAGAUCGAGAAUAAACAUCUUUUCUUCCCUACUAUGCCUUUUAAUUUUCCUCAUCCUUCCUUCUCUUCUCUUCUUCCGCUUCGUGGCGCUCAACAAUUUUAGUUAACUCAUCAGAGCUUCUUCUCUAAGCUGUAACCAUAUCCAUGAAAUCGCAUCCAAUAAUCUAACCGGAAAAUUCAGAAACUCAGAGUGGAACUUAGUUUUUGUAAUUUGUUGAUAUUGGUUUUGACAAUCACUUCUGUUCAAAAUUUGUGGUCAAGAAAUUUGGAUUCUUUGGAGUAAGAUGUCUGGUGAGGUGGUUCGCGUGGUUAAAUGUCCGAAAUGCCGGAAACUUCUUCAAGAGCCUACAGAAUAUGAUAUCUACAAGUGCGGUGGAUGUGGCACAACUCUUAAAGCUAAGAAGCGAAGAAGUGUCAAUGUGAUCGAAGGAUCAAGUACACAAAAAACUGAUGCAGCUCCUAGAACAUCGUAUCUUUUUUCUGAAGAUAAACAAUGUGGCAAUAGGAAGCAGGUGGCUCCUCAAGAAAAUGGUCCGAAAGCGAAAGCUACUUCAUUUUCCUCAGGAGAAUAUUAUAUGGAUAAAAAUGUUGGAAGGGAUCAGCUUCAACCAUUCAAUUUAUCCAAUGAAGAACUAGAAAGUGAGCUGGAUAGCUAUAAGUUGACACUCAGAAGGCGUAGAGUGCCCAAUAAAACCACUUGCUGUGAGAUCGAGGAGACAGAGUGUGGAAACUUAGCAUCAGAAGGAUCAAAAGAGUUUUUCUAUUCUCCGGAUAAAAAUGACAAUAGUAAGAAAUCAGCUUCAACAGGAGAAAUGUCUGAAAUGAAAGUUACAAGUGAUUCAGAAGUAGAUGAAGAGUUCAACACUGGAAACUCGUCACCGGAGGGGUCAGAAAACGCGUUAACUUCUGGAAGUGAUCGAGAACAAGCCAAUAACAACAAUUCAACUCUGAUAGGUUCAAACACUGAAAUGGAAGUUAAUGGAAGUGAUUCAGGGAGAUUAGAAGAGUUAAAUAAUGGGAGUUUGCUACUAGGAGGCGAAGAGGAUGAUAACAAAAACAAGUCAACUACAAAAGAUUUAAAGCCUCAAGUGGAAAUUAAAGGAAUUGGUUCAGAAGAAGAAAAAGAGUCAAGUACUGAAAACUUGUUAGUGAAGGAAGCAGAAGAUAUUUCUGGAUCAGAUGGUGAAGAUGGCAAUAAUGACAAGUCGGCUCCAGCAGCAGCAAGCGCUGAAGUGGCAAUGAUUAAAAGCAACUUAGAAGAAGCGGAAGAGAUAAAUAAUGGGAACCUGUUAAGAAAAGAGGAGUUUAGUUUAUGUGUUCCAAGUGGAGAUCCGAACAACGAACGAAAGGCUCUAGUUGGUGCAAAAUCUGAAGUGGCCACUGCUGAAAGUAUUUCUACCACCAAAAGCUCAAGAACUGAGAACGUUGUAUCUGAAAAGGGAACCAUUUUUCCUGGUACUCCUGAUAAAGUUGAUGAAGGUAUGUCUGGUAAUCAUGUAUCUUCUAGUGAACUGCAGAAGCAAGCUCAGAAAGGUAUUCACCAUAGCUUUGAUCGCGUGAGGUCUGUGGAAACAUUAGAUACCAAAAUGCUGGUUAAUCCAAGUCCAACGCUUCACAGUAUGGUGGGAGCCGGAUUUUCUAAAUCCGCUACCACUAGAAACACUUAUGUAUAUGAUGGCAUUGAGAACACAAACACUUCUCCUAAUAGUGUUUCUGAGGAAACGACCAGAAAGGGAAAAGGUCUUGUUAACCCCAUGUCAUAUGGAGAUCUUGGAACACAACACCAAUCACAUUUGUUCAAUGAAAAGCAACAUGACAUGAAAGGCAGCAGAGCAAAUCAAGAAAACAAAGAAAUGGGGACUACUACAAGACAUGGUCAUCAACAUUGGAUGAGAACAAAGAGAGAUGAGCUUCCAUCAAGAAUGACUUUCCAUCGAAGCAGUUCCCAAUCUCACUAUGAAAGAAACAGAAUGUCAAAUCAAUUGCACGAUGACCUCUAUCGCAAUUCAAGGUUUCUUUCGCCUGACUCGUAUGAGGACACUAACCAGGAAAAGAUGAAACUGUUAAGAAUGAUCCACAACUUACAGGAUCAGCUCAACAGAACUCACCAUGUGAGUAGGGAAACAAAAAAUGGAAGACUAUCCACAGGAGUCUGUUAUAAGGAAAAGCAUAUUCCUUCACAUCAUAACCAUGACCUUCAUUGCAGACGAUUUUCUCGUGGUGUGGAUUAUCUUAGAUGCAACGAAAGAUGUAAUCAUCAAGUUGGCUGUCACCAAAGGCAUAAACUUUCUCAGAUACCUUAUUCAGAUGAGGUAACAAGCAGUGUGCACCACAUUUAUCAUUCUUGUCCAGAAUGCUAUCCUACAAAGUGGCAUUUCCCAGCAAAUUUGCAUCCGCGUGCUCUUCACCAUCGUGAAGAGUUAUUCAGGUCUUAUCCAGGCCUAGAUAGCUACUCUCCUUGGCACUCUUAUUCUUCCAGUCUGCAGUGGUCCACUACCUCUAGACUCCCAGUGUAUGGAAGUGAAACAAAAUCUGACACUCACAAGCAUAGGGCUGACAAGUUAAGGAGAUAUUUAAGGGAGAAAGAACACAUGACCAAGUGGAAAUAUCGGCCGGUAGCUGGUGGAGCUCCUUUUGUUACUUGUCGUAAAUGCUUGAACCUUCUGCGGUUGCCUGAAGAUUUUCUCCAUUCUAAAAGAGGACAUUGCCAACUUAAAUGCGGUGAAUGUUCAGAGGUAUUCAAGUUUUCGCCGCAGAACAGAAAACUAGCUUCUCAUUCAUCAAAUGUUUUAGGCCCUCCAUCAUGUGACCUCAGUGGAAGACCUACAAAAUGUUCACAACUUCAUCUAUGAUAAAACUAUCGAACUCAAGAAAGAGACCCAUAGUCUCAACAGAAUAUAGAUGUUUAGUGAAUCUGAAUUGAAAAGCUGGGGAGGACCAAGAAUGUAAAGUUUCCUUGUCUAGUGUAUGUAUCCAACUAUCCAUAGCUUCAUCAUUGUAUAAAUGAUUUGUUGUGCAUAGAAGUGGUUAAUGUGGGUAUUUUAAAGUCCUCAUAUAAUUCUGAAUUCAAUUUCCAGAUAUGUAGUUAGCGUAUUUAU